GUAAUUCCGUCGUAACCGUUUUUGACCCCAACACUUAGCAGAAGCUUAUGUUUAAGAAAUGCAGUUCAAUAAAGCAGAAGCUUAUGUUUAAGAAAUGCAGUUCAAUAAAGCAGAAGACUUGUGCAAGAAGACUCUAGAGAUCCAGUGUGCGCAUAGUGAACCUGCCUCGCUCGAGGAACCGGCCGAUAUGAGGCUGAUGGCAAUCAUCUGUGAGGCUAAAAGAAACUUCGAGAAUGCCCUCGAGCACCUUGUGCUUGCCAGUAUGGCCAUGAUUGCUAGCAGGAAAGAAUCUGAGGUUGCAUCAAUCGAUGUCAGCAUUGGGAACAUGUACAUGUCGCUUUGCCGGUUUGAUAAAUCUGUGUUUUCAUACAAGCAUGCUCUCACUAUGUUCAAGUCCUCUAAGGGAGAGACUCAUCCUACGGUAGCGUCAUUGUUUGUCAGAUUGGCUAAGCUUUAGUUUAGGACAGGGAAACUUCGUGAGUCCAAGUCUUAUUGUGAGAACGCAUUGAGGAUAUACAAUAAGCCGGUGCCUGAAGAACUGUGGAGGAGAUUGCUGGUGGGUUAACCGAGAUCUUUGUUACUUAUGAGUCUGUGGAUGAAACUGAGAAAGCAUUGAAGCUGCUUAAGAAGUCAAUGAAAUAGCUUGAGGAUAAACCAUGACAGUAGAGUGCAUUUGCAGGUAAAAAAAUUGAUUAAAGCCAUAUAUGUUCUUCUAGAAUAAUCCUAGAGAUAAUGGAUCUGAAUGCUCUGAGGAUUUUUUAUGCGCAAGUAGAUUGUGAUCAGACAAUAUAAGAAUAGAAGUCUUGAGUCAUAGCAUGUAUAUUGGCAUGAGAUGAUCAAAUCUUAUCUACAUAUAGCUUUUGUUAUAUUAGUUUUGCUUUCUAUGUAAAUGACUUGCAUGGUUAGAGGCACGGAUGGGAGUAAUGUAUUACACGUUGGGGAGGUAUGAGGACACAAGGAACGCGUUUGAGAGCGCUGUGACAAAGCUGCAUUCAGCUGGUGAGAAAUCUGCCUUGUUCGGAGUUGUAUUAAACCAGAUGGGACUGGAAUACGUUCAGCUUUUCAAGAUCGAUGAAGCUGGUGAACUUUUUGAAGAAGCAAGAGAGAUUCUCGAACAAGAAUGUGGUCCUUGCGAUCAGGACACUCUUGGUGUUUACAGCAACCUUGCUGCUACUUACUACGCCAUGGAAAGGAUAGAAGAUGCGAUUGAGAUACUAGAGCAGCUUCGGAAGCUGGGAGAGGAGAAGCUUGGGACUGCAAAUCCGGAUUUUGAGGAUGAGGAGAAGCGUUUGGCCGAGCUUUAGAAGGAAGUGGGGCGGUCACAGAACUACAAAGCCAAGUAGCUACAUAAUCUGAUCGAUCCAUACGCAAGACCUCCUAAGAAAGAGGCUUCUGCUAAGAAAUUGCCCAGCCUCGAUUUUAAGUUCCGAAGAACAAAAAAUGUAUCCAUAUAUUAUAAAUCAUUCACAUAUAUAUCAUUAUUAUUAUUAUUAUUAUUAUUAUUAUUAUUAUUAUUAUUAUUAUUAUUUUAUUUCA